AUGACCGAGACGAAGAUUGCAUUCGACCGGUUGAGUGAUUUCAACUGGCUGACUUGGAGAUUCCGGAUGGAGUUGAUGAUGAUGAGGGAAGAUCUCUGGUCAACAGUAAAGGAUCCAAAACCAGAGCCCGCGGACAUCACAUCGGCGUGUACAAGAAAGGACGAGAAGGCUCGAGCGCUGAUUGGAUUGGCGCUGGAAGACAGCCAAUUGAGCCACAUCAUGGAUGCUGUAAGUGCGAAGGAGAUGUGGGGCAAGCUGAAAGGAUACCACAUCUUAAGAAGAUUAUGUUCAAUGCGCCUCCAGGAAGAAGAAAACAUGUCCGACCAUCUUAUGAAAGCUUUGGAGCUUGUUCAUCGAUUGCCUAGGAUGGGAGAACCGUUGAAAGAGCACCUGGUAGUAGCGAUUAUGCUGUCGAGCCUGCCCGACUCGUAUAGCCCGCUUGUAACAUCCUUUGAAGGACGCCCGGAAGAGGAUCUCAAGCUAGAUUAUGUCAAAGGAAAAUUGCUUGAUGAGUGGAGGAGAAAAACUGAAGGGCAGAAACAGGAAUAA